AUGGGACCGGAGUCCCGAGUCCGACGGUAUUUCAAUUUCAUGGUGGUCAAGGCUAGGAGAGGUGGCCGAACGCUGGGCCAGGGUUCGGGUGGCUCGCCAUCGCGCAUCAAGGGCGAUGGCAGGGCCGAGAAGCGGAAGGAAGAGCGGCAAGUCCGAGACGGCAAGGGCAAGACCUGGCGACCGCAGUGGCAUGCCAACCAGGUGUGGCGGCGACCGGGCGCGGACUCGGGCCUUCUCCUCCGGCCGAGGGAGGAGGAUGACAAGACUCCACCGGACGACUGUUUCGAGGUUUUCUGCAGGUUCUUGCAGGAGUUGGAGUCGCGGAUGACAGGAGGGGGGCCGUCCGCCCAAACAGAUGAGAGGCAAAGUGGAUUCGGCGACCCGCCAGCGUUGGCUGGCUGGGAUGCGGCAGCUGAGCUGAAGGAACAGCUGCACUUCUUCGCACAGCAGGUGGAGCUGCUGAACUUCGAGACCAACUCGAAAGAAGUAAGCUCCACCCACGGACAGCUUGACCGCAACAGUGUCAGCUUCGAUCUGGAUGAAAACGCCCUGAAUCUUCUGAAGGAAGCCAGGAGGCUGCUGCAACCGGCAAUCGGCUUGCGUGGAGGUGUUGGCCGCGGCUGCUACUUCAUUGUCGGCUCCUUCGGGAUCCUCGGACACAGCCCUGAGAGUCGCAUCCACCUCGCCUACCAGUUGGGUAUCGAGGCCGCUCGCAUCUACUCAGGAUGUGCGGUCCUGAAUGGUCUUAACGUCGCGGAGAUAGCCCAGCUGAGCGGCGAUCCAUCUGGGGUCGGAGAAGUUGCCCGAGUUUUCCGAGUCGUGGACGGAUGCAAGGAGGUGCAAGGAGUCGUGGCUUUUCCGGGCGGAGGUGGCAAGCUGGCAAAGGAUCUGCGUCUGCUGGGCCAGCACCCGGCUCAGAAGGUCGACGUAGCAGGGCAGCUGCUGCUGGUGAACCUGGCCGAACACCAUCGCAUCAUGAUACAGCGUUGGCUUUCGGCCUCGCCAGCAGCGGCGGCACAGUUGUGCAGUCAAUUCUUUUCCGUCGAUGAGGACAAGCCAAGGACACUGCUGCAUCAUCUGUGUGGCCUUGCCCAGAGCCUCUCACCAUGCGCUGCCCAGGCGGUAGCAUCUUCCUUACACUGGCCAAGCUUGGAGACACUCUCCAUGGACAUGGGAAACAUUGCUUGGUCGCGGCUUUUGCAGGCAUUGUGGGAGCAAGGCCAGCGCACAGAGCACACGGGUGAUCCAUUUGUACAGCUUCGCGGCCUGCGAUCACUUGCUGUUUCCUUUCCAGCAGAGCGUUCCGUCUCUUCCUUGCAGCAGUGGCAAAACUACGUCUCGCCGCAGCUGUCGCGGCUGGGGGCCUUGUUGGAGUUCUCCCAGUUGCAGGAGCUGGUGCUUGUUGAUCUCCGAUCCACGGAGGUCUUGACAGCAGCUCUAUCAGGGUCCUGUGGAAAGACGCUGCGAGUUUGCAGGGCGUCUUUCAUAGGUCCAGAGAGCAGAAAACAACCACUCACUCUGCCUCCGGGCGGAUUGCCUUCCCUUGAGUGCCUCAUGCUCCGUUACCGUGACUUCCGUGAGCAAAGAGCAUCGCGGCAGGAGAGGAUGCAGGUGAUGGCCGGGCCGUUACUCUCUUGUCUGAAAAGCCUACAUCAGCCCAUGAAGCUGAAGGUUCUUGCGCUGAGUGGCAUCCGAGUCGAUGGAAGCUCCGCGGAGACUGCAGCAUUGCUGGAGGGCCUUCAGGCGCUGCGUGGGCUCGUGACCGUGGCUCUCCGCUUCUCUGUGCCCGCAACUUUCUGCAGUCUUCUGCCACUGUCUUCUCUGCUGAAGCUACGCCAGUGCUGGCCGCUGGUGGGGCACUUCGUGGUCGUCGAUCAGUCUCUGCACGGUUUCGAUUACUGGCCGUGCGAGAGGAUGGAUUUCCGACAACUUUAUCCAGAAGGUUCGCCAGACGGACGCCGGGUCUUCAACACGGAGUUUCGAAACGUCUUGCAGCAAUACAAGCUGACUCCAGAAGAAGUUUGGAGCAGGAUGGAUCUACGGCAGCGAUCCUUUUGGGAACAGGUGUCGCGCAAGCUGCCGACGAUGCCUCACAGUGAGAUGACCUUGCGCGUGGCUCAUCUCUUCCCCAGCACAUACGACGAGCGCACACACAAGCUGUGCUGA